ACUUGUGCUUACUUCCUAAUCUCUAAUGAACCAUUUCAUAUGGGUUCACCCUUUGCCUACCUUGCGUGUUGGGUGGUAAUCCACCCUUACCUUCAUGCCAACGGAUGUGUGCCUGGCCCACUACAUGAAUGGGCUCAGGGCAUGACCCUACACCUGUGUGUGUAUAUGUAGGACCCUCACAGGCUGCAACCUUGAGGACGUGUAACCUACUGAAUGGCACAUGAAUGCCACCCCACAUGUGACUGCAUGAACCCAUGUGGCCUGCAGAAACCUUCCUGAGGUGUGCACGGGCUCUCCUGUACGUACACAUAGGCACGCAGCCCUCCUUGUGAAUAUCACCCUCCUCUGAGCACAUGUGUGUGCCAGCCACCAUCCACUUGAGGGGUUCCCCUGACCUGGGGUGUUGUCCUCCUCCCUAGCCAAACAGUCCCUGCACCCACCUAGCACUGAACAAAUAGGAGGCCCCAAAGGUAAACAGGUGUGCCUCCACAGAAGGGGGUGGGGUGCGGGCAGCUUGCCUGGGGCCUCCUGCUGCCCCAGGUGCCAAACCAGGAGCUGGUGCCCUUUUGGUGGUCCAGCGGCCCCCUUCUCCUCCUCUCACACUCCAUUGUUCAUCUCACACCUCGUCCCUAGCUAUACUACAGCUCGGACUUUGACCUCUUGAAUAAACGCUCCAACUUCCUGUUUUCCCCUCUUGCCCACUCCUUGCUCAGCACCUGACCCCUCCCCUCUCCUCAAGGCCAGAUGGUUAAUAUUUGACAUGGAAGGGAGGGGAGAGGCCAUGGUAGGCUGUGGCUCCAUCUGUGGACCUUUCAUGAGAUGGGAUGGGUCAAGGUCUCCUCUAUACCUAUCCCAGCCCGGGAAGUCUUCAGUGGCCCCUCUGAUCAGGAGGCCUGUCACAGGGACCAAAAACAAACACAUAGACCCAGACCAGGAUCCCGACACGGCGGUACCUGACUGGGUAUGUAUGUGGGGGUAGAGCUAUGCUCUGUAGGACUUUCAAGGGCUGGUUUUGUUUUGUUUUCAGAAGUGGAUCGCCAGGCGUCCCAGUUACAGGGGUCAAAGAGGCUCAUUACAAGAGUUAGAAGACUUGCCGCCCAUCCCCACCCUACCCCUAAUUGGGUGGCUUGAGGGCAGGUUCAGGUGUGGGAUCAUCUCUAGCCGUGAGCUUAGGGACCCCCUCGUUCUCCUCCCCCAGGUGUACCCUCACACUAGAACUUCCUGUGCAGGCACUGUAACUGAGCGGCUAGCGGGGCUCAGGGGUCCAGGUGCCUGUGAGUGCCUGCUGGCAGGUAGGGACACGUGUGGCCUCCUUGCCAGAGGGUGCAGUGCAGACUCGCAAGGGCAGGACAGAGGUGUACACCCCCUCCAACAGGAAUGCUGGGGAGGAGAGAAGUGUCUAAUUAAAGAGAAAUUCCCGAGGGAGCUCUGGAGUCAGGAAGAAGAAAAAACAAAGGGAAAACAGGACAGAAGAAACAAAGGCCCAUUAAAGCUCAGCUCCGCCUUCCUGCCUAUGACACCCCCACAGGCAAGGGCCGACGGGUGCAGCCUGGCUGGGUCUCUGUUGUGAGGAGCCCGUGUCUCCCGGAGAAGCCGCCUGCAAGUGUCUGCCAGAGGAAGGCAGUGCAGAGUGCAGGGUCUUGUGAGAAGGACAAUCCUGCAUCACAGCAGAGAGAGAACCAACCUCAGAGAACCAGGAAUAGUCUCACUGCCAGGGAGAGGGUGACCCCGUUCAGGACCUACAAACCUGUCUGUAACCCUACAACUCCCUCCAUCAUGGAGUUUGAUGCAGAAAUGCUGUGUGUGACAUGUCCCUCCCUCUGACCUCUUCGCUGGGAGUCCAUGGCCACACAACCUUGUGACCCCAUGUCCCCCCGAUUCCAGGACCCCCCCUGGCCCCAUGACUCGGAAACCCCUGUGCCCUCAUGACCCCUGACCUUCCAAGUGACCUCCCUGGACCUUGACCCCUGAAACUGUUCCUCCCAUAAAAGCCCCCCCUGGUGGCUUUGGCCCUGGCUCCCCUUGGGAACCUUGUUGGUCUGGGCCGCCCCAGGAAGAUGUGGGGAAGGCUCUGGCCCCUCCUCCUGAGCUGCCUCAUAGCCACGGCUAUCCCUGGACCCUCACCACGGAGACCAUCCAGAGAACUAGAUGCUACCCCUCGGAUGACCAUCCCCUACGAAGAGCUCUCCGGGACCCGGCACUUCAAGGGCCAAGCCCAGAACUAUUCAACACUGCUGCUGGAGGAGGCCUCCGGGAGGCUGCUGGUGGGUGCCCGAGGUGCCCUGUUCUCUCUCAAUGCUCAGGACAUAGGAGAUGGGACUCACAAAGAGAUCCUCUGGGAGGCCUCCCCAGAGAUGCAAAGCAGAUGCCAUCAGAAAGGGAAGAACAACCAGACGGAAUGCUUCAACCACGUGCGGGUCCUACAGCGCCUCAACGCCACCCACCUGUACACGUGCGGGACGCACGCCUUCCAGCCGCUCUGCGCCGCCAUCGAUGCCCAGGCCUUCACCUUGCCGGCCACCUUCGAAGAGGGCAGAGAGAAGUGUCCUUAUGACCCCGCCCGUGGUUUCACUGGUCUCAUCAUCGAUGGGGGUCUCUACACGGCCACACGCUAUGAAUUCCGGAGCAUUCCUGACAUCCGCCGGAGCCGCCACCCCCACUCGCUGAAGACCGAAGAGGCCCCGAUGCACUGGCUGAAUGAUGCUGAGUUUGUGUUCUCCGUGCUGGUGCGGGAGAGCGAGGCCAGUGCGGUGGGGGACGAUGACAAGGUUUACUACUUCUUCACCGAGCGGGCCACCGAGGAGGGUUCUGGAAGCUUCACCCAGAGCCGCAGCAGCCACCGGGUAGCCCGGGUGGCCCGUGUCUGCAAGGGAGACAUGGGCGGUAAGAAGAUCCUGCAGAAGAAGUGGACGUCCUUUCUGAAGGCGCGACUGAUCUGCCACAUCCCGCAGUAUGAGACUCUGCGCGCUGUCUGCAGCUUGGAUGCCGCUGCCUCCACCCGCUCGCGUUUCUAUGCGGCCUUCACACUGACCACACAGUGGAAGACCCUGGAGGCCUCAGCCAUCUGUCGCUAUGACCUGACCGAGAUACAGACCGUCUUCACGGGCCCCUUCAUGGAGUACCAGGAUGGCACCCGGCGCUGGGGCCGCUACGACGGUGGCGUACCCGAGCCUCGGCCAGGCUCGUGCAUCACAAACUCGCUGCGCAGCCGAGGCUACAACUCGUCCCGGGACCUGCCUUCCCUGGUCCUGGACUUUGUGAAGCUUCACCCUCUGAUGGCCCGGCCUCUGGUGCCCGCACGAGGACGGCCCCUGCUGCUGAAGCACAGUGUGCGCUACACACACCUCACAGGGACACCCGUCACCACGCCUGGCGGACCCACCUAUGACCUGCUCUUUCUGGGCACAGCUGAUGGUUGGAUCCACAAGGCCGUGGUCCUGGGUUCUGGAAUGCACAUCAUCGAAGAGACACAGGUGCUGAGGGAGGCCCAGCCGGUGGAGAAUCUGGUCAUCUCUCCAACACAGCACAGCCUGUACGUGGGAGCCGCUAAUGGAGUCCUCCAGCUCCCAUUGUCCACCUGCUCCCGCUACCGCUCCUGCUACGACUGCAUCCUGGCCCGAGACCCCUACUGCGGUUGGGACCCCAGCACCCAUGGCUGUGUUGAAGCCACUACCAUAGCCAACAGGACGGCACUGAUCCAGGACAUAGAGAGAGGAAACCGAGGCUGUGAGGGCAGCAGGGACGCAGGGCCACCACCGCCACUGAGGACCCGCUCUGUGCUCCGGGGUGACGAUGUCCUGCUGCCCUGUGACCAGCCGUCCAACCUGGCCCGGGCCUUGUGGCUGCUCAAUGGGACCAGGGGCCUGAGUGACGGACAGGCUGGCUACCGUGUGGGCGUGGAUGGGCUGCUGGUGACAGACACGCAACCCGAGCACAGUGGCAACUAUAGCUGCUACGCUGAGGAGAACGGCCUCCGUACCCUGCUGGCCUCCUACAGCCUCAUGGUCCGGCCGGCCACCCCGGCCCCGGCCCCCCAGGCCCCGUCCACCCCUGAGGCCCAACUGGCCCCAGAUGUGAGACUGCUCUAUGUGCUAGCCAUUGCUGCGCUUGGUGGCCUCUGCCUCGUCCUGGCCUCCUCCCUCCUCUAUGUGGCCUGUCUGCGGGGAGGACAGCAGCGAGGGCGGCGCCGACGGAAAUACUCCUUGGGCCGGGCCGGCCGCCCCGGGGGUUCUGCCGUGCAGCUGCAGACAGUCUCCGGCCAGUGUCCUGGGGAGGAAGAUGAGGGUGAUGAUGGAGAGGGGGCUGGGGGCUUGGAGGGCAGCUGCCUCCAGAUCAUCCCUGGGGAGGGAGCCCCAGCCCCACCCCCCCCACCCCCGCCGCCCCCGCCGGCUGAGCUGACCAAUGGGCUGGUGGCCCUGCCCAGCCGGCUGCGCAGGAUGAACGGCAGCAGCUACGUGCUCCUGAGGCAGAGUGACAACGGUGUGCCGGCAGGCCCCUGCUCCUUUGCUGAGGAGCUCAGCCGGAUCCUGGAGAAGAGGAAGCACACGCAGCUGGUGGAGCAGCUGGAUGAGAGCUCCGUCUGAGCCUGUCCGGACAAAUGCUCGGCCCGCCAGGCUGUCAGCUCCAGGCCGGGCACGCCUCCCCAGUCCAUGUGGCCACCCAUCCUUCACACCCCCUGCGCCAGACCCUUCUCCCAAUUUUUUGGUGUUCCUGUAGGGCUGGCCAAUCAGGUCCAGCCAAAGCCCGCCCCCCACCCCCUCCUCACACCCGUGUGUCGGCAGCCCAGGCCCACCGGUGCUCCUCUGAGGCAGGGCUGUGCGGGUCCGGAUGGCCUCGUGUCACCAACUUCUGCAUGGCCCUGUGUGCUGGAUGGUCCUGAAGAUAGAUGAGCCCUGUCUACCCAAAUGUGCACAUGGAAGACCGUCUGUCUUACCUGCCGGCUGCAGCGCCCCCACCCUGCCUUCUCCUGUGUUCUUGGGUUCACCCUCUGGACUUUGGGUGCCCUCACAAUUGCCACAUCUCAUCCUUUCAUUCCCUCCUCCAGUCCCAGCUCCAUGUGGUGACCUCUGGCAAGAGCUUGGGCACAGGCCAGCCUGCCAAGGGCAGACAGCAUUGCCUCAUUCCCCUCUUCUCCCUUCCUGUGCACCCGUUUCAGCCUCCCCACCUCCCUUGGUCACUCUCAAGUGACGACAGCUCCAGGCAUGUCCUUUCCUCACAUACACGUGGGAACACAUUGUAUGUACCACAACGUGCUUACAUUAACACGCACGUGUACCUUUGGGGCCACCCCUUGCCACCACAGAAGUGUCUGUCUGGUUUGGUCCAGGGACAUAUCAGAAGGAGGUCCCCUCCUGUUUAACUGUCCUUGCAGACCCUUCCCUAGGGCGGGUGACCAACACUGCACUCAAUGAGCCAGCCUCCCUUUCGGAGCUCAAGCAUUUGCUACCCGAGACCAGUGCAGGGGGAGGGAGGAGCAAUCUGACGUCCCCUGGCACAUGAAGCCCUUUCUUGGAACUAUGCAAAGGGCAGAGGCUGGGAGUUUGGAUGCUUGGCUCCCGCCCCUGUCCUACCUCACCGGGGCACUUUCAGGGCCCAGGGGUUUCAGAGGUUUCCAAGCCCAUAUGGGACAAUCAAAUCCCGACUGAGCUCCCCCAGCCCCCCUUGGGUGAGGAUGACUGUUAUUUUUGUAGCUGAGAACGUGGGAUCCCACGGAUUUUUACUGCCCUUCCAUCUCUCCCACCUGCCCGACCCCCACCCCAAUGAAUGUCGUUAUUGUGAGAAUGGCUCUCCUUCUUUAGGAAUGCCCCACUCACCAUCCAGGGGGGUGAAACAGGCAUGUGACAGUGGGGAGCCUGGGCUCUACUCCUCCUCCGUUGUCAGUUAAUAAAGCCUCCCUGUCCCACA